AUGGAAAAUGAAGAAGAUAAAGAUAUGGUUAUGUUGCAUUUAGUCAGAAGAAACAACAAAAGCUUUUACGACCUUGCUAAGAUUUACAAAUCUGACAGAAAUUGGUUCUAUCGCGAAAACUUACCGAUUUCAAUGACCCCAAAUGAAGAUGUGAAACAAAUAGUUCAAGAUACGUUACCUCAAACACACUAUGAUAUUAAAGGUUGUACAAUUCUUACCUUCAAAGAAGAUUUGCCAUUGUUAAAGGAAAAAAUAACAGAGUAUUUUGACAACUUCAAACAAGUAGAGUAA